AUUUGUGAUAAAGAGUGGCAUUACUACGUUGUCAACGUGGAGUUUCCCGUGGUGACGUUGUACAUGGAUGGCACGACGUACGAGCCCUACCUCGUGACCAACGACUGGCCUAUCCACCCGUCACACAUAGCCAUGCAGCUGACAGUUGGGGCUUGUUGGCAAGGAGGUGAAGUCACCAAGCCCAGGUUUGCUCAGUAUUUCCAUGGCAGCCUGGCCAGUCUCACUAUCCGGCCAGGCAAAAUUGAGAGUCAGAAAGUGAUUUCCUGUUUGCAGGCCUGCAAGGAAGGUCUGGAUAUUAAUUCUCUUGAGAGUCUUGGCCAAGGAAUAAAGUAUCACUUCAACCCUUCCCAGUCAGUCCUGGUCGUGGAGGGAGAUGACAUUGAGAAUAUAAAUCAAGCUCUCCGAAAGGUCUCAUAUAUCAACUCCAGACAGUUCCCUACUGCAGGUGUACGGCGUCUCAAAGUCUCAUCUAAAGUCCAAUGUUUUGGUGAAGAUGUCUGCAUUAGUAUCCCAGAUAUAGAUGCGUAUGUAAUGGUGUUUCAGGCCAAUGAGCCCAAGAUUACAAUAAGUGGGAUGGACCACUUUGCUAGACCAGCUGCACAGUUUGAAAGUGAAAGAGGCGUUAUUUUGUUACCUGACAUCAGGAUUGUCAGCACAGUCACUAAAAUGGAGCAUCCCGUGGAUGUAAAAGAACACGACAGAGCCAAUAAACCAGUGGUAUUAGAGGAAAUGCUCCACAACUUGGAUUUCUGUGAUAUUUUGGUCAUUGGUGCAGAACUAGAUCCUGAACAAGAAUGUUUAGAACUAGAUCGUGUGGAGCUUCAAGGAAAACAUCUGGAUGCCACAAAUUCCACAGCAGGAUAUUCAGUCUAUGGUGUGGACAGCAUGCACAGCUACGAGCAGGUCCUCCGUCAGAUUCGAUAUCGUAACUGGUACACUUCUGCCACCUCCGACAGGAAGUUCAGAGUCAAGUGCUCGGAGCUAAAUGGACGUUACACGAGCAAUGAAUUCAACUUGGAGGUUAAUAUCCUACACAGCUCCAACUCCAACUUCAUGGGCCAUGUAAAUCAUAUGAUAGUGCAACCACAGUUUCUCCAGCCUGUCCACCACCCGGAGGGAACCAUAAGUGCUGUUCACAACUCAGUUGUUCCAAGCGUGGCUACUGUUGUUAUCAUCAUCUGUGUGAGCAUACUCAUCUUCAUCGUCACCUUGGGGGUCUACCGAAUUCGGGCGGCCCAUCAGCACAGCUCUGCAGACAGUGAAGGGAGCAAAGACAAUGAGAUGGACUGGGACGAUUCUGCUCUGACUAUCACUGUCAACCCCAUGGAGAAAUAUGAAAAGCCUCAGCAGACAGAGGAGGAGAGUGAGGAAGAAGACAUAGAAGAUGAAGAGGAAGACACAACCAGUGCUGAAUCAGAUGAAAGUGAAGAGGAGGAGGAGGAGGAAGACGAGGAGGAGGAAGAAGUGGUUAUCCAAAAGGGAGACAAACAGAAUGCCACCAGGCAAGAGCAGUUGGAGUGGGAUGAUUCAACACUCCCGUACUAA